AUGGAAAAGCAGCCUUUGGACAAUACUGUGCCCUGCUCACUACCAGGCUCCGAGCGGUCACUAGAGCAGCAGAUGGAGCUCUCGCCGCUAGAACUGUCGUUCUCGCGACAGCUCGAGGUGCAUCUGACGGUUGCGCUGCCGAUAAAGCUGACGCCGGAGGAAUGUCUGGCGGCGACACGCCAGUUGAUUACGGAAUAUCCCAUCCUGGGCACGAGAUUGAAUCUGAAGGCGGGUUUUCGCAGUCACACAAAUGACCGCUCCAGGUUUGUAAAGGGGAAACACACACCCAGCAAGCUCGGAACAAUCUUUCGAGCCAGGACAGUCAAUUUACAUCUGGAGGAGUUUGUACCAUCGAAUACCGCCGAGCUGUGCCCAAUCAAAGCUGAGCCCGAGCCUGUCUUCUACGACCCCAAAGUACUAGAAAACUUGGUUCAAUUCAAGGGAGGGAGGCACGAUGGCCGACAGGCACUGUCCAUCCGAACAGUGCAUCUGCGAGAUGCAUGUGUCAUUCAAUUCAUCGUUCAACACGCAUUAUCAGACGCCGGGGGGAUUCACUGGAUUGCCAGGACGUACUGCGCUCUGCUAUCAGGCACGCACAGUCGAGACACUGCCAUUCGACCCGAGUUUCAACUCAAACCAGACAUGAUCGAGGCCGGGCGAAGCGUUGCCGCUGAUGACGAUACGCCCGAUCACCCAAUUGCUGUUCGCUAUUCGCAGGGCUUCCAGGUGAGCUGGGCGCGCUUCCUGGUGGCGUAUCUGCGUCAACGCUUCUGGGCGAUCUGUCCCACUUCCGCCCGUCGGGUGCGUCGAAUGCUUUUCGUGCCACAGUCGUGGAUUGAUGGCUGGAUGGCCCAGGCGCGGAGUAGGGGAGUUCAGGUCACGGAACAUGACCUCUUGAUGGCGUUUGUGUAUCAGUCGGCCUUUACCCCAGCCGCCAAGGCAAAGGGAGCCCACACCGGCCUCAUCUUCACCCUCAACAUCCAACCGCAUCUCGCCUCGGUCCCAGGCGCCCUGACUAAUCCCUGGAUCAAUGUCCCGGUCUCACCUAUUGCACCCGGGACGUCAUCGGCAUCGGACGAUCUCAUCGACACCGCCCACCACAUCCGCCAGACCAUCCAAGACGCCCGCAACCCCGUCUGCGUGGCUCAGAUUAUCGAUCAACAUCUGCCAGUGCGUGACACGCCCGCAGUCCCGCGCGGAUACGGCUCCCGCACGCCCCGGGUGGCGCUGACCUCGUGGUGUCAUCUACCCUGGUACGGAUUGGACGUCAAGGGCACGACGCCCCUCUUUGUUCUUGGAAAUACGCGGUUGAGUCGGCCAUUAACGAAAAUGGGAGUGCGGAUGGACGACGGGUUGACGACGUGUAAGGCGAGGGCGUCUGCGCGAACUGGAAAUGCGGAUGGCGUUGGAGAUGAGGGCAGACAGGCGGGAUAUUGGCUGCAGGGGCGUGUGAAUGAAGGGAUCUGGACGAGGAUGAUGGAAAAGCUGAAUCGCAGUGGAGGAUCUGAGGACGUGGUUACUUUGGAUGAGAGCGCGAUGGAUAAGCGAUGGGUGGUUGGGGAUCACAAAUAG